AUGCACGGCACGUUGCCGGAAGUGACGGGCGUGAGCAUUGCGAUGAACGACACACCCACCACCACUGCGCCGAGCAGUCCGAGGAUGAAAGGCGACUAUUUUCCGGUUGAGGAAGGCAAGCCUCUCACUCUCGGCCCGCCCAGAAGGCAGAACUCCGGCACAAACACGCCACGAGUAAGGCCUACAACGCUGGAUAUUCCAGGCUUGACGAAGAGCAAGGUGUCGCCAGACGGACGGAUAGCGCAGCGAGAUGUUGGCGCAAAGCUGGUCAUCGUGAUGGUGGGUCUACCGGCUAGAGGCAAGAGCUAUAUCACGAAGAAGCUUGCGCGAUACCUCAACUGGCUACAGCACGACACCAAGAUCUUCAACGUGGGCGAGAGGCGACGCCAUGAAAAGGCUGUGCCCAACGUACCUAAGGAGCCGGAAGACGAGGCGAUGGAGCAGAAUAGCAGCUUCUUCGACCCAGACAACACGAAGGCGUCGCAGAUCCGGGAACAGGUUGCCCGCGAAACGUUGGACGAGCUGCUCGACUACAUCCUUAACAAGGGCGGCAGUGUCGGUAUUUUCGAUGCCACUAACAGCACGCUUGACCGGAGAAAGAUGGUGAUGGACCGGAUUCGGGAGCGGGCAGGACCGGACCUGAACGUCUUAUUCCUGGAAUCGCGUUGCGUGGACGAGAACCUGCUGGAAGCGAAUAUGCGGCUGAAGCUGAACGGUCCGGACUACCGCGAUAUGGACCCGGUGGUUGCACUGGAAGACUUCAAGAAGCGUAUCAAGGUGUACGAGAAGGCAUACGUACCACUUGGCGACUACGAGGAGAAGAAUCAUAUGCCGUACAUUCAGAUGAUUGAUGUUGGCCGCAAGAUCAUAUCACACCAAAUCAAGGGCUUCCUGAUGGCACAGGCGAACUACUAUCUUCUCAAUUUCAACCUCGCACCGCGGCAAAUCUGGAUCACACGGCACGGUCUGAGCCACGACAACAUCUCCGGUAAGAUUGGCGGAGACAGCGACUUGGCACCCGAAGGCGUGCAGUAUGCCAAGAGUCUGGCCAAGUUUAUGGACGAGAAGCGGCACGAGUGGGAUAUGAAGCAGAUCGAAGAUAUGAGAAAGACGCACUUCCCGCCUCAACCCGGUGACGCGACGCCACCGAACCCUUACUACCGCCCACAAUCUCCCACAGCGGAACGACCGCGACCCAACGCCAACACUUCAGCUCCUAACGGCACGUCUACCACAAGCUCCGCCACCGAUCUCUCAGCUCUCGACGAAGACUACACCCCCAAAGCCUUCUGCGUCUGGACCAGCAUGCUCAAACGCAGCAUCUCAACCGCGCAAUUCUUCAACGACGAAGAGUACGACACGAAGCAGAUGCGCAUGCUGGACGAACUGAACGCGGGUGUCAUGGAAGGCCUGACGUACUCGUGCAUCAGCACCCAGCACCCGACCGAAUACGCCGCGCGGAAAAGGGAUAAACUGCAUUACCGCUACCCCGGGCCGGGUGGGGAGGGGUACCUCGAUAUCAUCAACCGUCUCCGUCCGGUCAUUGUCGAGCUGGAGCGUAUGACCGAUCAUGUCCUGCUGGUCGGCCACCGCAGCGUCGCACGCGUUUUGCUUGCGUACUUUCGAGGCCUCAAGCGGGAGGAGGUGGCCGAUCUGGACGUACCGAUUGGCAUGUUGUAUUGUCUCGAGCCGAAACCGUAUGGCGUCGAUUUCAAGGCGUAUCGGUGGCAUAAGGAGAAGGAGUGGUUCUAUGAGGUUCCGAACUUCGAGCUGAAGAGGGCGGAGGAUGACAUGCUUUAG